AUGAACGAUGCAAAUCUCAGGCCAAAAUGUCCUUUCGUUGAGGAGGAGACUUUACAAAAACCGGUAGUCGUUAUGCGUCUUACAAGAACAUCGCUGAAUGCUGAAACUGAAAUGUUAUCAGAGGAAGAGGCAGAUGAUGACGAGAGCGAAGGCAGUGCUGAUGCAACUGGAUUCGACCACAAUGGUUAUACACUCGUUGAACUUAGCAAAACACAAGUGCAACAGCUCUUUGAUAGUGGCAAAUUACAAUUGGUAGAGAGUGAAGAUGGGAAUACUUCGAUGAUUAAUAUGUACAAAGAAAAUGCUGGAGAUACAGACGAUUUGGAUGAUUUGGACGAUGCAGAUGAACGGUCCAAAAAGCGCCCUUGGCGCAAAAUCAAACGCAUACUCCGACGACAACUGGUUAAGAAGCCAAAACGUUAUUUUAAGAAAAUUGCGCAUAGCAUCGGUUAG